UUUCCCUUCUCAUUACCUGCUCUCUGUAGUCGAAAGGCCAGCCUAAAGGACAAGGUGUUCCCCAGUCCUUCCAAGGCCCCGGUGGCCAAGGGGAAAGCUCAGUCUCCAGGGGCAGAUGAUGGGGCCGAGGCGAGUCCCAGCAAAGUCGCCAAGAGCUGGAGCUUCACUGAGAAGAACCGAGGGCCAAAGACCGCCUUCAGGGUCCGGGGCAGCACCUCACGCCAAAACUCAGAGGCAAUUGAAGGUUUAAUAAAGGCGAGCCUCCCAGGAGAGGAAAUUGGUGAUGAUAAGAGCUGCCACUGUGAGUUUCUCACUCAAGAAUUACCACCAGGCUUGAGGGUUACAAUAAGGGCAAUCUGCAUCAUGAAGUUUCUGGUGUCAAAGCGGAGGUUCAAAGAGAGCUUGCGGCCUUAUGAUGUCAUGGAUGUGAUUGAGCAGUACUCUGCAGGUCACCUGGACAUGCUGUCUCGCAUUAAGAACCUGCAGUCCAGAGUUGACCAGAUAGUUGGUAAAGGUCCUAAAGCUGAAGGGGAGGUUGCAGAUGACCCGAGCAUGAUGGGACGUCUGGUCAAAGUGGAGAAGCAGGUGGUCUGUAUGGACAGGAAACUUGAUUUCCUGGUCAAUGUGUAUGUGCAGCGUAUGGGCAUCCCUCGUUCGGAAACAGAGGCCUUUUUCAACUCCAAAGAGCCGUAUCCCGCCCCACCUUACCACAGCCCGGAGGAGAGCAAGCAGGAGAAGGAGGGUAAAGAAGAGGUGAAGGAGGAAAAGGAGAUUCAGACAUGCUCAGCUGCAGAUGUCCCGUGCUCUGAUGGGUCUUUAGAAAAAAAAGAUCCUUUACUGGGUCGCUCUGUGGCGAGAUCAGUGGGUACUCCUUCUGGAAGUCACAGUCGUCCCUCUACCUCCUGGCAGCACCAGCUGCAGCACCCACUCAGCCAGCCUGCCUGGAACAGCAGUGUGGCUAACACACCUUCACCGGUCGGUGGCAACGGCGAUCAUUCGCCCACCCUGUUCCGCCUUCCGCCUCCACCUGCUCCAGUUCACGACCGAUCCUCCUCUGGCCAGGGCGGCAGCGGCAGAGAUAGCUCCCAGAGCAGGAGGCGCCACAGGAGGCAGAGGUGUCAGCAGGAUGCCACCGCUGUGGAGAGCGACACGUCUCUAUCCAUCCCGUCUGUUGACCACGAGGAGCUGGAGCGCUCCUUUAGCGGCUUCAGCAUCUCACAGGCCAAGGAGGACUUCUUUGGGCCUUCUUUCUUUACAGGCUCAGGAGGGGUUGCUGGAGCAGGGACUGAGGCCGCAGCUGGACAUUCCCUCUGUGCUAGGGUCAGACCCUUCAUAGCAGAGGGAGAAUCAGACACAGACUCUGACCUCUACGCUCCCUCUCCUCUGUCCUUCACUGGAGAGGUUGCAUCGGGAGACAGGGCAUGGCCAGGACUGAAGUAGGCGUGGAGGGACUGCUCCGCCUGUCAGAGAGGCUCGUGGUGAAAGAGAUCGGUGCUUCAAUUGGCAUCAGGAGACCUAUCAUGAGACCUUGUAGCCAACUGACUGACUGUUGCUGCUGAUGAUGUUAUUACAGACUAUUUUAGGUUAAGUGAAUGGUUAUGAUUAGCAGUUUAUUACUGAAGAUGGAAAAUGUCCUAAUGAAAACAAAGGGGUGUUACUUUUUGUUUGUGAUGUAACACUUUACAAGCAGUGCUUAAUACCAGUUGCAUUGCAUCCAUUAAGAUCUUGUUUAAACAGAAAAAUAGAUGUUUAGGGGCAUUUCUUUGAAGAGACAGUAUACGCCAAAAUAAAAAAUAAAUAAAUAAAUAAAAAUACAUAUUUUUUCUCUUACCCAUAGUGCUAUUUAUCAAUCUUGAGUGUUGGAGAUUUCAGCCGUACUGAUGUCUGCCUUCUCUUGAAUAUAAUGGAACUAGAUGGUACUUGGCUUGUGGUGCUCUGAGCCCCAAUGAAAAAAAAAAGAAAGUAAGAAAAAGAAAAAAAAUGAAAAAACCAAUGCCUUUUCCAGAGAUCAUGACCCUGGUUACUGAAAAUAAUCCACAGACCUUUCAUGUAGGAACUAUUUCCUGUUUGCAGAACUACACCUGCCUAACCAUAUCACCACCAAGAAGGAAGUGUGCAUCUACUCAUGGACGAGAGUCUCGUGGUCAUGGCAGUGUGAGAUGUAAACAUUAAUGGCGUCCUCCUCAGCUGAGCUGUAACGUUAGCUAGUUCAGUGAUGCUACGUGAGUUAGCAGUAGAUGCAUGCUUCCGUCUGCACUGUGAUACAGUUGGUGGGUGUAGUUUGAAAGAAAAUAAUUCCUACAUGAAACUGCUCACAACAAGGUCUGUGGAUUAUCUUGAGUAACCGAGUCCCGAUUUCUGGAAAGAGACAUUGCUGUUGAGUUUUUCAAUUUUAUUCAUUUAUUUAUUUAUGUUUGUUUCUUUGAGCACCAGAAGUCAAGUUCCAUCUAGUUACAUUAUAUUGGAGAGAAGGCAUCUCUAAGGCCGAUAUCUCCAACACUCGGCAACUUGCACCAAAACAAUCUGAAUAAUAGCAUUAUGGGUAAAUAUGGAUUUACUGUCCCUUUAACCUGGGAUUUUUGUUGUAUUUAUUAAUGAUGAAAGGUACAUGAGAGUAUAAAUAUGUGAUAGUGUGAUUUAUGACACUUCAUUUUGCAUUGGAACUUAUACUUGACAUUGAUUUGUAUGAAACAUACAAGAGAAAAUCACCUUGACUUCUUUUAUGAAUAGCGAGUGCAUUUCAGCACUUUUUCUGUUCCACUGACCACUUUAACUUUCAAAACCUAGUGGGAAUUAGUAAUGCAAGAUUGUUUCAGUCCUAUCACAUGGAUAGUAUAGUGUCUUGAUAACUUCUAUACCUUUGAAUGACUUGAGGUGUUAUGAUGCCAAAACCUUAGCUAUGAUAAUCAAUUAGAUUCUUGCAGAGUAAAAAAAGAAAAUGUGCUUGCUUUUCAGCAUCAUUAAUUCAGCCUGGUGUUUACUGAAUACUACAGAAGAACUCCCCUCAAAAGUGUUGCAGAUACUUCCCCACCAAUAAACCAGUGAACCUGCUGCAUGGCAUGUUAAAUGGUUGAUUUAUAGACUGUGUUAAGCAGGCUACAAAACCAGACGACAGUGGCAGAAAGUCAGCUGAAAAGUUCCACGAGCAUUUCUCUUCUAUACAGACAAACAAAAGGGUGAAUAAAACAUGAAAAUGUGCAUGCAUGACUGGUUUCAAGCUAUAAUGUGUUCAUUUUUUAUGGGGCUUUUGCUUGAGUUCCAAUCAUGUAAAUGCAGCCUGAGCUUGCUAAUUUCAAUGGCUCUUCUUUUCUGGGCAAAUAUGUCCACAAAUUAUGUACGCGUUCAAUACAAAGGCAGAUGUUUAAUGCCACAUAUGGAAACAAUAUGGGCUCAAAUGGACAUUAGCUCAUAUGUUUUUUAUUGUUAUCACACAGCGUGCAAUGUUGAAGAUGGACUCAAUAAAUCACAUGGGAGACUAGAUACUUAGAGAAGAUGGUGUUCAGCCUGCAUUGCAUAGGUCAGUCAUUUAGACUCUGCUGCUGUCAGUUCUGCACUAAAUGAGGAAAUGUAAUAAAAAGCAAGCAAGGCAAUCAAGAACCAUCCUUUACCAAUAUUAACAUGGCCUUAUUUUUCACCAAAAACCAUUGUUUUGUAAGUGAGCAAAUCAACACUUUCAUCCUGAAAAUUUCAUAAACAUAGUGCAAGUGCAUUUUAAAGUGUUGUAUAGGAAGUUAAGUGGCCUGAGAGCAGUUGUUGUGUUACAGUCUUAGCCACUGAUCAUGCUAAAACCAUGGGAUUCAUAGGGACAUCUGAAGCAUGAACAGGUCUUAUUAAAACUAACCCGAGUCAUAGCAAAUUGAACAUUUUAGCAUUGACACUGAAACUAUCAUUUAGUAGAGACUCUUCACACAAGAUACACAAUCCAUAUUUUUUCAGAAAAGAAGAAACAAACCUGCUGGCAUGUUUUCUACAACCCAAAGAGAGGACCUGUAGGGUUUUACAUGACACAGUAGCUCUUUGUUUGACACCAUCAUGUAAC